GUUCGGGAAGCUAAUGACUAUGACUGCCCGUUGAUGUCCUUACGCUUCUGCGUUAUCAUCGGACUACUUGGGGCCAUCUACUGCCUCACAGUUUCAGCAGAAGGACUCAGAAUUGGACCCAAAUGCUCAAUGAAUGGCGUGUGGGGCUAUUACUUCCAACGAGAUGAAUACUUGAGCUACCCUGAUGACUGGAAUUUCUGUGAGGAGCCAUCCAAUGUGGUAUCCUGGAAUGUGACACUCUUCUCCUUGCUGGUGGUUGCAUCCAGCCUGGAGAUCCUCCUGAGUUGCAGCUACUGUUUUUGGCUUUUAUGAACCCAGCUAAUUCUAUCUUAAGAUUGGGAGCCAUCUCCUCACAAAGUCAUAAAAAAUUUAAUUUCUGUUUUACUAUAAAUUACUAUGCUUUCUAAACUGGUUUGGCAUUCCAGCCUGUGCCUGAACUCACAAAUGCCUGGCUUUCCCUGAUCAGAUAACAACCCUCUCUGAAACCUCAGCGGUGCCUCAUAAAUUCUGAUGUUGUGAUC